UCUGAUCUCAUACCACAUUCGACCUCAACGUCAAAUAUUUGAACAUGAAAACAUAGUGUCUAAGGCAAAUGCUAUAUCUAAAGAAUCUGAGAAAGUCGUAAAGUCGUGCAAAUAUUUGAAGACCAUGAUGAAAAGCACCGAUAGUGUGCGAUCAGAGGAGGAGGGGGCUCUCCCGACCACUGCCGUAAAACUCAAUAUCUGGCACAAGAUACUCUUCUAUUUGGUGGGUCUGACUGCGGCCUUGACCAUUUGCCUGCUGAUCCGAUUAUCCAAUAAGCUGGCAGCCGAUGCCCAGCGAAAGGCGAUGGCUCAUUUCAAAGACAUCUCGAGCCGCAUCGGUCACCGAUUUGACAAUUAGCGCCGCUGCGCAUGACACCAACACCAAAAUAUUUAUAUUUGCUAUAACUAACAGUUUGUGCAAACAUCGCGCCAACUACUUAAACAAUACUGUAAACGCGCAAAUGAUUCGAUGUGCAAAUUAAACAAGUGGCAAUUAGCUGAGACGCAGGCUCGACUGGACGACUGCCACGAAGCUAACGAGUAAUAAAAUUGCUAUUUAAAGACGGUUCACAAAGAGUGCUUAAAUAAAAGAGAAUCGCAUUUAGAGUUUAUAAUUAUCAAAAUUGGGAUAGGUCAACGAAGCCUAAAACUGCUGUAGAUAUCAUAAUGCAGUUAUGCGGGUAGAACAUUUUAAAAUAAAUAUAUA